AUGCAGUUCUCCAUCAUCGCCAUUGUCUUCGCCGCUACCUUCGCCGCUGCCACCCCCAACCCGGGUGCCAUGAUGACCAAGCGUACCUGCGGUACCCUCACCGGCACUCCCCUCAAGGUCUGCCAGACAGCCUGCAAAGCCACCUGCACCGUUGCCACCGCGGGCAUUGCCUCCACACUCUGCAACGCGGCCUGCACAGCGGGUCCCCUCAAGCGCGACCUCGAGGCUGGCGACGAGGAGGACAUCUACAGCAUCGCCGCCCGCUCCGCCGAGCCUGAAGCCGACCUCGCCCGCCGCAUGGCCGAGGCUGAAGCCGACCCUGAGGCUCACGUCGACAUGCUCGUUGCCCGCGUCACUGGCCAGCAGGUCUGCAACAUCGCUUGCGAUGUUGCCUGCAACUCCACCGUCCUCGCUCUCGCACAGACCAAGUGCCUCCAGGUCUGCAAGGGAAAGUGCGCCCCGUAA